CCGGGAAGCAAAUUAGGCCGCAGUCAGAUGGCCAAACCUAGGGUCCUAGCUGUUUCCGCAAAAGAAGAAGGUCAGCAGACUAAAGCUUUUCUGCAUGUGCUGAAGUAUUCCACUGGAACAGUUCUUGAGCCUGCCAAGUUAUAUAAGCUGAUACAUCUCUCUAAGGUGGAGGUUGUAACUAAUGAUCCAAGUGGCUGUACAUUUACACUGGGAUUUGAUAAUCUUCGAAGUGCAUCUGUUGCUCCUCCACAAUGGACUAUGCGAAACAUUGAUGACAGGAAUCGCCUUUUGCUUUGCAUCUUAAACAUUUGCAAGGAUGUGUUGGGUCGUCUACCAAAGUUUGUGGGUGUGGAUGUGGUAGAGAUGGCUCUUUGGGCAAAGGAAAACACAUCUGCAAUUAGCAAACAAAAAGAUGGCAAUAUUCAAGUCGGGCCUGUGGCUGAUGUGAAGGCAGAAGCUGACAUGAAAGUGACUGUUGAAAGGGAACUUGUGUCGCAAGCUGAGGAGGAGGACAUGGAGGCUCUUUUAGGCACUUAUGUAAUGGGAAUUGGCGAAGCUGGAGCAUUUUCUGAGAGGAUGAAGAGAGAACUCCAAGCUUUGGAAGCGGCAAAUGUCCAUGCUAUAUUGGAGAAUGAGCCUUUAAUAGAUGAGGUACUGCAAGGACUUGAAUCUGCUUCUAAUUGUGUUGAAGACAUGGAUGAAUGGUUGAGCAUCUUUAAUGUAAAACUAAGACAUAUGAGAGAAGACAUUGAAUCGAUAGAAACCCGUAACAAUAAGUUGGAAAUGCAGUCGGUAAACAAUAAAUCAUUGAUUGAGCAACUCGAUAAGCUUCUUGAAAAAUUACGAAUUCCUUCUGAGUAUGCAGCAAGUUUAACCAGUGGUUCAUUUGAUGAAGCACGCAUGCUUCAGAACAUUGAAGCUUGUGAAUGGCUAACCAAUUCUAUACGUGGUCUUGAAGCUCCUAAUUUGGAUCCUAGUUAUGCCAAAAUGCGAGCUGUAAAAGAGAAGCAAGUGGAACUCAACAAGUUGAAAUCUACUUUUGUCAGGAGAGCUACAGAGUUCUUGAGAGACUACUUUUCUAGUUUGGUGGAUUUCAUGAUUAGUGAUAAGAGUUACUUUUCUCAGCGUGGACAAUUAAAAAGGCCUGAUCAUGCUGAUCUACGGUAUAAGUGCAGGACAUAUGCUCGUCUUUUACAACACUUAAAGAGCCUCGACAAGAAUUGCUUAGUCCCUCUAAGAAAAGCUUAUUGUACAUCCCUUAACUUACUUUUGCGACGUGAGGCUCGUGAGUUUGCAAAUGAGCUUCGUGCUAGUACAAAGGCAUCUAGGAAUCCAACUGUAUGGCUUGAAGGUUCCACAGGUUCCAACCAGACAUUAAAUAAUGCAGACACGUCUACCGUUUCUGAAGCAUAUGCUAAAAUGCUUACAAUAUUUAUCCCACUACUUGUGGAUGAGAGUUCUUUCUUUGCACAUUUUAUGUGCUUUGAAGUUCCUGCACUUGUUCCACCCGGAGGACUUGCCAAUGGCAAUAAAAGUGUGAAUGAUGAUGAUGACGAUUUAGGCAUCAUGGACAUUGAUGACAAUGAAACCAAAGGCAAAAGUUCUUCAGAGCUAGAGGCAUUGAAUGAAUCACUUCACCAUUUGCUUGAUGGAAUACAAGAAGACUUCUAUGCUGUUGUAGAUUGGGCAUACAAGAUUGAUCCUCUGCGCUGCAUUUCAAUGCAUGGUAUCACAGAACGAUAUAUUUCUGGUCAGAAAGCUGAUGCAGCAGGGUUUGUUCGCCUCUUGCUAGAUGACCUGGAGUCUAGAAUUUCUAUGCAGUUUACCCGUUUUGUAGAUGAAGCUUGCCACCAAAUUGAAAGAAAUGAGCGGAAUGUUCGGCAGUUAGGGGUCUUGUCAUAUAUACCCAGAUUUGCUACACUUGCAACCCGAAUGGAGCAAUAUAUCCAGGGGCAAUCAAGGGACUUGGUGGAUCAGGCAUACACUAAAUUUGUUUCUACAAUGUUUGCAACUUUGGAUAAGAUUGCUCAGGCCGAGCCGAAACAUGCAGAAAUAAUGCUUUUAGAGAACUAUGCUGCAUUUCAGAAUAGCCUGUAUGACCUGGCCAAUAUUGUGCCCACUUUAGCAAAGUUUUAUCACCAAGCCAGUGAAGCUUAUGAACAGGCCUGUACACGCCACAUCAACAUGAUUAUAUAUUAUCAAUUUGAGAGACUCUUCCAAUUUGCUAGAAGAAUUGAGGAUUUAAUGUACACAAUUCCCCCGGAAGAGAUUCCAUUCCAACUUGGAUUGUCUAAGAUGGAUCUUCGAAAGGUGGUCAAAUCUAGUUUAUCAGGGGUUGAUAAGUCCAUUACUGCAAUGUAUAAGAGAUUGCAGAAGAACUUAACAUCAGACGAGUUGCUUCCUUCAUUAUGGGAUAAAUGCAAGAAGGAGUUUUUGGACAAGUAUGACAGUUUCCAUCAGCUUGUAGCUAAAAUAUACGGUGACGAGGGCAUUCCAUCUGUCUCAGAAAUGGGAGGAAUCCUUGCCUCGAUGUGAUAAUGUGCACCAGAUGCCCCUUCCGUCUCUAUGUAACAUAUUGACUUCUCUUUUUCGCUACGAAUUGGAGUGCUGGACUACAUGUCUACAUCAAUGCCAAGUUUUUGUGUGUCGUGAAAAGGAGCGUUUGUAAAAAUGAAAGACUGACAAGCAUAGCGAGCAAGAAAAUUUGAG